AUGGAUGCUUACGAGUCUCCUUCUGAGGUUUUAAAAAAAAAAAAACAAAAGAACCAAAAAAACGAGAAUGCUUUUAUUAUUACAAGUGAAGAGAAAAAAAAAAGUUCACUCGAAAAAAAUAAUAAGAUGGAGAAUGAAAAGAAAUUAAAAUUUAUUGACAUUUUUGAUGAACAGUAUGAAUUAGGAAUAAGUAAUGAAAUAAUAUUAAAUAAUAACAAAAUAAAUAGAAAUAAAGAAGAUAUAAUAAAUAAUAAUGAUAAUAUAAAUAAUCAACAUUAUUUAAUAAACAGUUCAAAGAAAAUAGGGUCAAAAGAAAAAUACUUUUUUAAUAUUUCAAAAUUUAAAGAAAAGAAAGAUUAUUUAUAUUCUUUCAAUAAUAUACAUGAGGAGGAAAAAAUACAGUUAGAUUCUCCAUAUGAAGAUAAUAAGGAUAUAUAUAAAAAGAAAGAUAAUUCUUAUGAAAUGAAUGAGGGUAUUUAUAUGAAUAAUCAUCAGAAAGGAGAUAAUAAGAAUAAUAAGACGAGUGACAAAGAUGUCAUCUGUAAUAAUAAAAAUGACAACAGUGAUAAUAAAAAUGACAACUGUGAUAAUAAAAAUGUCAUAUGUCAUAAUAAUGAUAUCAUUUAUAAUGACAAUUAUGAAGAUAAUGAUUAUUAUAACUAUGAUAUUAUUUAUUUACAAAAUAAAGUAUACGAAUUAAAGACAUUAUUAGAUGCCUCAUUAGAAAAAGAACAAAAACUCAGUGAAGAAAAAAAUCUUAUUGAAAAUAAAUAUCUUAUUGUUCAUAAAAGCAUAGAAGAAAUGAAACAUGAAAUAAUAAAUAUAACUAAUAUACAUAAUGAAGAAAUAUCCAAGUUGAAAGAAUCUUACGAGAGACAAUUGAAUUUGUUUAAACAAGAAAUUGAUGAUAAAGAUAUAUUUUUUAAGAAAAAAAUAGAGACACAAGAAAGAGACACAAUCAUACAAAUAAAGAAAUAUGAGGAGUUAUAUGUAGAGGAGAAGAAAAAAAAGGAACAUCAAGAAGAUAUUAUAAAAAGGGCGGAGCAAGAAAAGGAAGAAUUAAUAAAAAGGGCGGAUCAAGAAAAGGAAGACUUAAUAAAAAGGGCGGAGCAAGAAAAGGAAGAUAUAAUAAAAGGAGCAAAGCAAGAAAAGGAUGAUAUAAUUAAAAGGGCGGAGCAAGAAAAAGAAGAUAUUAUAAUAAAGGCUGAGCAAGAAAAAGAAGAUAUUAUAAUAAAGGCUGAGCAAGAAAAAGAAGAUAUUAUAAAAAAGGGCGAACAAGAAAAGGAAGAUAUUAUAAAAAGGGCGGAGCAAGAAAAGGAUGAUAUUAUAAAAAAGGCCGAACAAGAAAAAGAAGAAGAAGUGAAUAAAAAAAUAAAUGAAUAUAACCUUUUAGCAGAGAAUUAUAAAAAAGAUAAAGAAAAAUAUUGUAACAACGAAAAAGUAUGGACACAGAAUAUGAAUGAUAUGAAAGAGAAAAUAAAUACUUUAAUAAAUACAAUAAAAGAGUAUGAAGAAGAAAAUAAGAAUCUUCAAAAUAUUAUUAAUCAGAAAAAUGAUACAAUAACAAAUAUAGUUAAUGAUAUCUUGCUUGUAAAAAAUGUGUAUGAAGAUUUAAUAAAAGAAAAAGAUAUGAAUGAAAUAGAUAAGAAUAAUCUUACACAAAAAAUUAAAGAUUAUCAAAAUGAUAUAAUAUGUCUUCAAAAUAAUAUAGAUAAAUUAAAAAAAAGAAAUAAUAAUUUAAAUGAAGAUCUAAGGAAAAAAGAUAAAAUAAUUAUCACAUUAAAAAAUGAAAAUAUGUAUUUAAAAAAAGAAAAUGAUAUAUUUAAUAAUAAUUUCUUAAGUAUCAAAGGGGACGAUGAUAAAAUUAAAAUCUAUUCUACAGAUUUGACAGAUUCGACAGAUGAUCAAGACAAAGAUGAAAAAAAAGAUCACACAUAUAAUAUAACUGAUGAUAAUUAUAUAAAAAAAAAUGAAGAACAAUCUUUAGAAAAAGAAAAAAAUAUAAACAAGCAUGUUUUUUUAAAUAGUAACAGUUUAAAGUUUGAAAAUUAUAUCAAUUAUAAUAAUACUAUAACAAAUGAUAAUCUAUCUAAUGAUCUUGAAAGGCAGAGAAAAGGAAAUAACCAUUUGUCAAAAAAAAAAAAAAAAAAGGAUAAAGAUUUAAAGGAUUAUUUAAAAUCUGAGGAUAUUUCAAAUGACAUAGAAAAGAAAGAAAAUAAUAAUGUCGAUUUGAUUAUUCAAAGAAGAGUAUGUAAUGAAAAAUUAUAUAAGAAAACAAAGGAGGAUAUUAAACAAAAAAGGGGGAAUUAUAGUGAUGAUUAUGAUAGUUAUUCGGAUAUAUCAAAAGAUAAAGAAGGACAUCAUAAUAAAAUGGAUAAUAAUAAGAGAGAUAAUAAUAAUAAUAAAAGAGAUAAUAAUUAUCAUAAUAGUAAUAAUUCCAAUGAACAAUAUUUUAUGUUAUGCAAAGUUGAAGAAAAACCAAAGGCACAUUCUUCUUCUUAUACUUCUUCUUUAAUAUCAUCAAAUGAAGAAAAAAAAAAUUUGCUACAUAUUAAUAUGAAUAAAAAAAAUAAUCAUAAGCAAGUUGAAAAAGAUACCAUAAGAAGACGACAUAAAAGUUGUAAUAAUUAUGACAAAAAUAAGAAUGAUACUAAUGGUGAUAUUACAAAUAAUAAAAAUAUUAAUAAUAUUAAAAAUAAUAAAAAUAUCAAUAAUAUUAAUAUUAAUAAUAAUUAUCAUCAUCUUCAUUCUUGUAGUCUUAGUGCUUCUUAUAGUCGCACAAGUAGUUAUGAUAAAUAUUAUAAUUCAAAUAAAGAUAAGAAAAUACCUCAUAUGAUUAUUGAAGAUAAUAAAAAAACAAAUGAAAUUAUAUCCAUAAGACAUAAUGAACUAAUAAAAAAUGAAGAAAAUAAAAAAGAUAACAAUUGUUCUUACAAUAUGGAUUCUAUAAAUGAAGACAAAAAGAUACAAUUCAAUUUAUCAAAUGUGAUACAACAAAUAAAUGAAAAAAAUAAAGUGGAAAAAAAUAAUCUUUAUUCAAAUGAAAAUAUAAAUAUACAUACAAAUACAAAUAAAUAUAAAAAUGAUAUAAAUUAUUUAGAUAAUUAUAUAGACACACCUGAAAUAUCCAAUAUAAAUAUAACAAAAAAAAAAAAAAAAAAAAAAAUUAUAUCUUAUGAUCAUAAUAUGGAUAGUAAUAAUCAUAUUUAUAAAAAAGAAUUAUUCAGCAAUAAAUAUUUAUAUGAUAUGAAUCUCUAUAACUCUAAAAAUAAAUGCAACGUAUUCAGCUUCAGCAAUAGUAAUAUUUUUAAAGACAAAGAAAUAAAAAAUAAAUAUGUCACACAAUAUAAUAAUGAUGAUGGUAAUAGUGAUGUCUCUCUCCUUUUAAAAGAUCAAAUAAAAAAAAAAAAAAAGGAAGAAAAAAUAUAUGAGCAAAAUAUAAAUACAAAUCAUUUUGAAAAUGUUGAAAAAAUCAAAUUUAAUAACUCUUUUAUAAAAAACCAAAUGGGAGAGAAUAAUUAUCAUAUGAACGAUGAAGAAAAGAAGGGAAAUUAUUUUAUAAAUUCUGAUGAAGAAUCAUAUAAAAAAAUGAGAUAUAAACUUUCUAAUUUUUUAAAAAAAAAUCCGAAUUAUAAAAAAAUAGAUAUUCAAAGUAAUGAUAAUCCAAAUAUUUUGUCACCUGCGAAUACAAAAAAUGAAUUAAUAGGUCAUACCCCUUUAGAGUUAAAAAAAAAAGAAAAUAAUAAUACUAUCAUAAAUGAUUAUCAUAUAUAUAGAAAUCACGAUUAUAGAGAUACAAGUAAUGAUAUUAUAACAUCUAUGAAGGAUCAUAAUAUAAAUAAUAAACAAAACAUAUUAAAUUAUGAAUUCUCUUCUUCAAAUGUAUCACAUAAUCAUAUGAAUCAGUUUAUAUAUGCAAAUGACACUAUUAAGAAUGAGAAACAGAAUUUUAAUUUUGAUUCCUAUUUGUUGAAUAAAUAUAAAAAUAAAAGUAAUAUGUAUGGUUUAUUUAUUAUAAAUGAAAGACUCAAAACUAUUUAUAAAAACAUAGAAAAUAAAAGAAAAUCUAUAAGUAACCUUCCUGUUUAUAUUUCAAAGGUUCAAGACAUAAAUAAAAGUAACAAUUCUUUUCAUUUAUUAAAAGAAGAGAACAUCAAUAAUGAAAAUAUGAAAGAAUACAAUAAAUUAUUAUCUAGACAUGAUCAAUAUAAAAACACUAUGAUUAUAGAUCAGAUGAAUAAUAGAACUGGUGAGGAUACAUCUACUUAUGUAGGUCUUAAUAAAUAUGACAAAAAAAUAUUUAAAAAGGAUAUAGAAAAUAUGAUGAGAAACGAAAGUAUGUGUAAAGCUAUAGGAUCAAAUUAUAUAUCGAGUAACACAAGAAGUAAUAAUAUUACAUAUAGUUCAUCUCUUCAUAUUGAUAAAAAACAUGAUGAGGAAGACCAAAAAAUAACAAAUUAUGAGUACAUACAGAAUAAUAAUGAUAUAAAUAAAGAGGAAGAUAUAAUUAAAUGUAAUGAGAAAUAUAUUCAAAAUGAAAAUUUCUCUGUAGAUAUUCUUGAAAAUAAUAUAUAUAAGGGGGGUCAUGACAAAAUAAAAAAUUUGAACCACUUUAAAUUAUAUAAACUAUAUGAUGAGAAUGAUAUGAAAACAAAUAAUAUAAUAGAGACCACCAACAAUAACAACAAUGAUAAUGAAAUGAACAAUGAUAAUAAAAUGAACAAUGAUAAUAAAAUGAACAAUCAUAUUAAUAGUAACAAUAAUAAUUAUAAUAAUAAUUGUUUUGAAGAAAAUAAGGGGUAUUCAGAACAUACAAACAUAAAACAUAACGACAAAAAAAAUGAUAACGAUCUAGAUUUACAAUAUGAUGAAAUGUUAUAUAAAAAAUAUAUACAAAAAAUAAAAAAAAUAAAUAAAUACAAGGAAGAUCAUAAUAUUAAUAGUAAUAAUAUAAACGAAAAAGAUAUAUUACAAUAUAAUUUUGAUAAUUUCUUAUUAUUAUAUAAAAAUAAAAAAAACAAACAAAAAGAAAUGCUAAAUCAAUAUUCUAAUAAUUCUAAUAAUUCUAAUAAUUCUAAUAUAUUUGAAACAUUCAAAAAUCAAAAGGCUCAUGAACAUAUAGAUAUAAAAAUAAAAAAUGAUACUCUGAAAGAAGAAAUACAAAGUAAAGAACAAAAAAAAAAAUUAGAAUCAAAUAAUACAUAUACAAAAAAAUUCAAACUGUUAUCAAAAGAAUAUCCAGAUGAAAAAAAAAAAAAUAUUUCUAUAAACGACAAAAAUAAUCUUAUAAAUUAUUAUAACGAAGAAAGUAAUUGUGUGGACCAAAAAAUUUUCUUUAAAAAAAUUAUUAAUUCUAAUGAUAUAAUCACUAAAAUGAUGACAGAAAAUGAAAAAGAUCAUUUCCUUUUUAAUAUAAAAAGGAUAUAA